AUGAUCGGGUCCUAUUUUAGAACCCCUACUACUACUACCAGACUGUCGUCUGCUUCUUCCUUGCCUACUACUGAUCCCUGCUCGGCUCUUCCGUCCCCCGGCAAGCUACCGUUUCUCAUCUCACCCCAUGGCUUCUUUCUCUUGCACUUUCUUACCCCCCAACCUCAAUCCCUCUCCCAACACGCCCUGAUCCCCCUGUCCUCGCAGGUGCUCCAGUCGCGUCUGACUAUAGCGGGGACAGAUUCGUCCCCAGCCCACGUGGACUUUGAGUAUUCGGACACGCUCUGUGGCACGGCAUGGCGGGACGACUACCUCCGCCUGCACUCCGCCAUUCGUGCCGCCAGUGCCGCCGCCUACACCCCCCCUCCCACUCCCCCUCCCCCUCCCUCCUCCCUUGCCUCCCACUCCUCCCGCCGAUUGCUCUCUCUCGAAAACUCCUCACCGCUGCUACCGCCAACCGCAGCAGCCACCGCAGCAGCAGCAGCAGCAGAACCAGACCCAAGCCUGUCAAAUCAGGCCCUCCCGGCUUCCUCCGUUCGAUUCCUCACGUUUGAUGAGCACGGGCACUGCGGCGGGUUCGGGGACUUCCUAGUCGGCGUUGUGUCCACUUUUGUCGCUGCACUCUUGGACCGCCGGGCGUUUGUGAUUCGGCACAACUGCAUCCAGUACGCGUUUGAGCCCGCAUUCAUCGACUGGCGCCCGUCCCCUGAUGUUCCCAUGGAGCCCUCUCGUCGCACGCGGAAUAUCAACGAAUCGUUCCCGCCGGAUGUGAUUCCGUUUCUGGAUUUGAACAAUGUCCGCGUGGAUUUGCAGCAGCUGGCGAGGUUUAAGGCGUUUCGGCACGUGAAGGUGCUGUGGAACCGCGGGAUGCUAACGGAGACGCUUACAAACGGGACGGGCGAGUGGGCCGAUGCGCUCCGGGCGACCGGGUUGCGCCCACCGCCCAGGAAGGAGGUAUGGCCGCUGACGGCGCGGCUGCUGCAGGAGAUGAGCGAGCCGCGGACGGUGGUGGUGGGGGUGCACGUGCGGAUGAGCGACAGUGUGUUUGGAGCCGCCAAGGGGGGCGUCACUGAUGCCUCCAUGGCUGCUGCUCUGGAGAACGCUGCUCCCAUCCUCGCCUGUGCCAAGGUUCCUGUAUCACCAACCCGCUGCGUCACUGAUGCAUCCAUGGCUGCUGCUUUGGAGAACGCUGCUCCCAUCCUCGCCUGUGCCAAGGUGGGUAGGGGGGGAAAAGACCGCAAGAGAGGGAAACAUGACUUGGAAUCAGGACCAGAGAAGCAGGUGAAUGCUGCAGGCUGCUCCCAUCCUCGCCUGUGCCAAGGCAGUGGAGGACAUGUGGUAUCCCCCGCCUCUCACAGUGCGCUGGACAUGGUCUUACCAUCUUUACUGUACCCUCUCUCCCCCCCCCCACCACCACCCCUUUCUCUCUUCCAGGCAGUGGAGGACAUGUGGUACCCCCCGCCUCUCACAGUGCGAUGGAUGUUCAUCACCAAUUCCAUCGACCUCAAGAUGGCCAUCCGCUCCCGCUUCCCUGGCAAGCUACUCGAGACAGAUUUCGUGCCUCACCACUCGCAGUCGUUCAGCGACGAGGACAAGGAGAAGGCAAAGGAGGCAGCAGAGCAGGGCUAUCGGGAGAUGGUGGCCGAGUGGCUCUUGCUGUCGUCUAGCAACUCCUUUGUUCUGCCAGUCUCGGGAUUUUCGCGCACCGCUGCCAUGUAUUCUCUAAAUGCCAUGGCUCUUUUCACGCCGCCUUAUUACUGCGACCCGGAACAGCCACAUCCGCAAACCGACUUUGGUGUGGCAUACAGUGGCAUAUAA